AUGGCUAUCACAACCUUUACAAAUCAAGAAUUCGAUGACCCAACCUUGGUGGCGACCCGCUUGUCCGAUGCGGUUAACACAAAACUUGGUGUUGAUUUGGCGAGGACUCUUAUGCCCGACUUUGAGCAUACCACGCCUGAGGACACCACUUCGGCCGCUCUGUUGCUGCUCGGCAAAUACUGCACAGCUCGACAACAUCGGAGGUUAGGCCCUAAGAAAAUCAGCAUUUUCAGGAGUGCGAAAUUUUUAGGGGGGGCGGCGGACUGGGACAAACUGAGAAAAAAGCUCGCGUUAUUGAGACUCAUGAGGAUUGAAUUGGAGGCACCGGUUAACCGCCUUUCAGACUUUCUGCACAGAAUGCUACAAGCUGGUGUUCUUUACACCAAUGGGCGCCCUUACGUUGGAAGUGAUAAACAGAACCCGAAAGAGUAG